AUGUGUGUGUAUGUGUGUUCCAUAGGUGAAGAUUUGCGACUACUACGGGUACCACCAGGGGGGGAAGGGGGCUGCGAGAAGAUUCUACUACAAUUUUCCACAAUUCACACCUCUCUCUUCUCCCCACUCUCCUCUCCUCUCCUCUCCUCUUACUUCCUCAGUUCCUCUCUGGGAAGAAAGGGGAGGAAGAGGGCAGCGGACAAGCAAAGCGCAUGA